AUGGCGCCUAUCCACGGCAAGCAAACGCUGCUGGCGCUGGUGCUCGCGCUCGCGUUUGUCAGCGUCGUGGCGGCGCGAGGGGAAGCGCUGGCCGCCGCCCGGCACGAGCGGUGGAUGGCCAGGUACGGGCGCGUGUACGCGGACGCCGCCGAGAAGCUGCGCCGGCGGGAGGUGUUCGCGGCCAACGCGCGCCACAUCGACGCCGUCAACCGGGCGGGCAACCGGACCUACACGCUCGGGCUCAACCAGUUCUCCGACCUCACCAACGAGGAGUUCGCGGACACGCACCUCGGGUACCGUCACCAGCCCGGCGGGCUCACGCCGGCGGCCGUGGUGAACGUGUCCAUGGCUCAGCUGCAGUCCACGCCGGACAGCGUGGACUGGAGGGCCCGGGGCGCCGUCACCCCAGUCAAGUACCAAGGUCACUGCGGGAGCUGCUGGGCGUUCGCGGCGGUGGCGGCGACGGAGGGGCUGGUGCAGAUCGCCACCGGCAACCUCAUCUCCAUGUCAGAGCAGCAGGUGCUCGACUGCACGGGCGGCGCCAACAGCUGCAAGAGUGGCUUCGUCAACGCAGCCCUAACCUACAUCACCGCCAGCGGCGGCCUGCAGACGGAGGCAGCCUACACGUACAACGCCAAGCAGGGCGCGUGCCGCAGCGGCGGCCUCAGCCCAAACCCGUCCGCCUCCGUCGGCGUCCACCGGUCCGUGACACUGCACGGCGACGAGGGCGCGUUGCAGGUGCUCGUGGCCAGCCAGCCGGUGGCCGUGGCCAUGGAGGCCGACGCUGACUUCCACCACUACAGGAGCGGCGUGUACGUGGGCAGCCCGUCGUGCGGGCGGAACCUGCACCACGCCGUCACGGUGGUGGGCUACGGGACGGAGGCUGGCGGGCAGGAGUACUGGGUGGUGAAGAACCAAUGGGGGGCUGGGUGGGGCGAGGGGGGCUACAUGCGCCUCACGCGCGGGAGCGGCAACAACUGCGGCAUUGCCACCUUCGCCCGCUACCCCACCAUGGACAGCUCUUAA